AUGAAUUCAAUAUUAUUAUUAAGUUUAUUCCUUACUCUUGGAAGUUGUGUUGUGUUACGUUUACCACUCUCAAACGAAGAUUCAAAAUUUUUUACAGUUAAAAAGAGAUAUAUGCAGGGCGCUGAUCUUGUCGAUCCUAACACUGGAGAACUCGAUGAACAAUUACGAAACGUGAGGUUUCCGGUAACGUAUUAUCAAAGUAAAACAGAUGUCUGCAUUCACAAGGUAUAUUAUCACGGUGUAGAGAUAUAUUCCAAUAUUCCAAAUUAUAAUAGCUUUACUAUUGAUGGUGAACAUUUUGCUUUUGUAAGAACUGUUAGUUUGGGUCAAUUAAGUGGAAAGAUGUUCCUGUGUAUUUAUAACCAGGUCAAAACAGGAAAUCAAACAAGAAAAACAAUGGAAAAAAUUUAUACUUUAGUUGAUGAGACAAUACAAUCCAUUAUGGAUAUUCAGCAUCAAUAUAUGAGUUUAGGAAGUGAUGAAUAUAUGCCACUUGAAGUAAGAGUUAUUAAAAACAUUUUAACAAGAGAGCCUUCAAAGUUAAAGGACUACGGUGAUCUGGAUGAAGUUGACGGUGAGCCAUACUUACUUAGGGGUAAUAAAAAUAUAUCGCCAAAACAAAUCAAAAGGGAAAUAGAAAAAAUUAUGAAAAAUCCAAAUAUUGGUGAAGCAGAUUUAAGAGAGGCCGAUCCUAGUGGACUCUCUACAGUUGUUGAAUCAGAUGUGAUGGAUUGGACUAAUGCUGAUUCAGAUUCAGAUGACGAUACUAUUAUCUAUUACUUUGAUAAUAAUUAA